AUGCCCACUGGGGGUUCUUCUGGGGGCAGUCGACGCAGAUCUUGUUGCCGGGCUGCGAUUGGAGGUCGCGGAGCCGCCGUGAGGCCGCCAUUAGGUGCCGGGUCGAGUCGGGGAUUCGGUCGGAGACGGUGGCUCCGGGGGUUUGUAGAUCGGAUCGGAUCAAUGGGAGAACAAAAAAUGGUCGAUGCAAAAUUUGAGAAUGGAGGAAAAAUAGUAUCAGCAUUUGGGAAGAUCAGCCGGAGGAGGAGGAAGCUUCUGGUUCGGGAGUUUGCCGUUGAGGACGAGCCACGCCAUCUUCAAUCCCCAGCUCGUUGUUUACUUUACUUACCUGGAUUAUCAGCUAAAAACCGAAUGGCGACCCACCCGCCAGCUGGCACUCCAACGGUGUUCCUCUCAACCGGGUCGACAAGGUUGAAACUUUUCGGGUCUUCUCUCGGGUCGAAAUUGCCGAAUCCUUGCCCCACCACAAAGAAAUUAAAUCCAUGGAGAUGA